AUGGCUAGAUCAUCUGUAUCUCUAAUCGUUGUGUUAUGCGUUUCGCUACUACCACUUGUGGCCAUGGCGGUUGGAACGCCCUUCCACAUUGAAGGAUCUGUUUACUGCGAUACUUGUCGCUUUGGAUUCGAGACAAUCGCCACCAAAUAUAUCAGCGGAGCAAAAAUGAGAAUAGUGUGCAAAGACAGAGUGACAUUGAAAUCCGAGGUGGUUGGUCAGGCGGUGACAGGACGCCGGGGAAGAUACAGAGUCGCCGUCACAGGAGACCGACAGGACCAGCAAUGUCUGGCGGAGCUCGUCGAGAGUCCUAUGCCUGGCUGCCACGUGGCUGAUCCUGGCCGCAGCACCGCUACCGUGAUCCUCACGCGAUCCAAUGGCGCCGCCUCUACUCGCCAUUUUGCCAACGCAAUGGGUUUCUUGCGUGACCAACCGCUCCGUGGCUGCGCCGGCCUCCGCAAACUCUACCUCGCCGACGGCGACGUCCGGGCUAUUUGA